AUUGCCGCGACAGUCGUUCGUACGCGGCGUGGUCUCCAGCCAGACACCAAUAAUUCUGGAUAGGAAGGAUUUCUGCGCAUGUGCUCUGUUUUUUUUUUGGCAUCUUCCGAUUGAUGUCUGCCACAUCCUUGUUGAUUCGCGAGAUGAAACCAAAUGGAUUCGAUCUGGUAGGCAGACUCCGAUUUGAUUCGUGUGUGGAAUCUGUCAAUCUUGGGAUUCUGGCCGGAACAGACCACGGUCAGAUUGGUCCGAGUGUUAUCUUUCGAGUAAUCGUCGCGCUAGCAGUGUAUCAUGUGAUAAAGUGGAUAAUUGCAUUUGGAGAGUCUGAGUGGUUUGCCAAAAGUUGAUUUUUUGUUGGGUGGAAGUGUUGACAAUAAAAAAGUGGGAAGAAGAGUUUUUAAGUGUUUAAUUUGAUGGUCUGGAUCCAAGUAGAACGUCAGUGUCAAGUUCAGUGUUCUAACUCUGGGGACGAAUCUCAGUAGAUUGGAUGGAUCCGGCAGUAAAGCAGCAUCCCACAGCGACGUAAUUUAGCAAUAGUUGUUCAAAGACUGAAGUUUUAUACAGUCCAAUAAUACCAUUAAUCAGCCAAGUUUUUUCGUGAGCUGCUUUUGCUUCUCUGUAGUAAUAGUCCAGAUAGCCAAAAAGCUGUGUAAUAAAUUUCCCAAGAAAAAAAGAAACGAAAAUUUGUGACACUCUCUCAGCGUUUCAAUAUAUCUACAACAUACCAACAGCAACAAAGUUGGGGCAAAAGUUUAAUUUGAUUUGGAGAUUCGAACAUUCAAUAAAACAGCCAGGCGCUCUCAGGGUGAUACACAGCGCACAUAAUUGAAUAAAAAUGCGUCGUGGCGACGAGACCUACCGGCGGAUUAUCCGCGAAAAGGUGGUCGUACGGGGGAACACCACCAUCCGGACGCUGGACUCGACCUUGUCCUUUCUGCCGAUCGUAGAGAACUCCCAACCGUCGACGUCCAGCUUCCAGCACAUGGCCCGCAUGAUGGACACGCUGAUACUGGACAAUUUAGCACCGUUCGCCUUUACGAAAAUAACCACCACCCACCGGCCGUCGCGAAUUUCGGCCACCAACCCAGGGGCGGGGGGUGGUCCCGGCGGGGGCGGACCCGGACCAUCCAUCGGCGGUGGAGGUGUGCCCGUCAUCGGCAUGAAGAAGGCAACCAGCACGAGCAACGUGGCUGCGGCGACUUCGGUCCACCCCGGUGGCGGCGGCGGCCCGCCCGGUUCCACGAUCCGGGUCAACCUGCAGAAGAACAAAAUUCCAACACAAGGUCAGCAUGAAGAUUAUGCCAAGACUUUAACCGCACGUCGUCGUCUGUGUCGCAUGGAGGUCCACCCUAACCCGCGCCACCACAGCCACGUCGCGUCCAUGGCUUCCAACGCGUCCUCGCCGCCCACGGCCACCGACUCCCGCUGGAUCUCGUCGCUGCGGCGUCGCGACCCGGAACUGCAACCAACGCUGCCUUCAAUCAACAACUCCAAUCAGCACCACAGCACCAGUACCUCAUCGCUAACGCACCAGAACAGCGUCGGUUACACCAGCUCGACGACCACUCCGACGGAUCGGAGGAGCAGCCGCAAUAGCGGCCAGAAGAGUUCGCUGCGGAAGAGCCGCUCGGUGGAGCGGAUUCGGGCGCGGAAGUUGGCCACGUCUAAGAUUAAGGAGCGGCCGAAGAAGUCCUCGUCGGAGGAGGGCGGGGGUUCGGACGAUCAGGAAGUGACCUCGGUGGAGGAGAACUCGCCGCAGCAGCAGCACUCGCCGGUCAAGCGGCUGGAAAAGUCCAAGAUGUUCAAUUCGAUCGGGUAUGAGUCCCAUUUGGUGGACACGCUGGAGAAGGACAUGCUCCAGAAGAAUCCGAACGUCCAGUGGAACGACGUGGCGGGGUUGAACGAAGCAAAGGCGAUCCUGCAGGAAGCCGUUGUCCUCCCAGUUAUUCUGCCCGACUUUUUCCGAGGCAUUCGACGCCCCUGGAAGGGAGUGUUGAUGGUGGGACCGCCGGGAACCGGCAAGACCAUGCUUGCCAAGGCGGUGGCCACCGAGUGUGGAACGACCUUUUUCAACGUGUCUUCGAGUACGCUCACGUCCAAGUACCGAGGGGAGAGCGAAAAGUUGGUCCGGCUGCUCUUUGAAAUGGCCCGGUUCUACGCGCCCAGCACGAUCUUCAUCGACGAGAUUGAUUCGCUGUGUGCGUCCCGGGGCAGCGAUUCUGAGCACGAGGCAAGUCGACGCUUCAAGGCGGAGCUGCUGAUCCAGAUGGACGGGUUGAAUGCUACCAAUGACGAAAAGAUCAUCAUGGUCCUGGCGGCGACCAACCACCCCUGGGACAUCGACGAGGCCUUCCGACGGCGGUUCGAGAAGCGCGUCUACAUUGGUCUUCCGAACGACAACACCCGCAAGGCGCUGCUGGAGCUCUGCCUGAAGGGCGUCAACGUUUCGCCGGAUCUGGAGACGCCAGCGAUCGUGGAACAGCUGGACGGGUACACCGGGUCGGACAUCGCUAACGUUUGCCGCGAUGCCGCCAUGAUGGCGAUGAGGCGCCACAUCAGCGGCCUCAGCCCGUCCGAGAUCAAGAUGAUCCGGCGGGAGGAGGUCGACCUGCCGGUGACCGCCCAGGACUUCCAGGACGCGAUGAAGAAGACGCGCAAGUCGGUAUCCGCGAACGAUGUGGUCCGCUAUGAAACGUGGAUGGACGAGUACGGGUCGUGCUAGUGUUACGUCUAAG